UCCCUCCGUGGGCAGCCGGCCGGAACUCACGAAUCAGAGCAGCCGACACAUCGUCCGUUCAGCCAAUCGCAGCAGAUGUGUGAUCCCGCCACCGCCCCGUACCCUGGCGGUUGGCGCUGAGUCGGCUACCGCGGGAGUCGCUGCUGAGGCGGCCUCGGUUGCGGGUCGGGACGGCGCUGCUCUGCGGGGCCGGUCCAGGCUGGUAGCUGCCGGCGUUUGGCGGUGAGGGCGGGCUCCCGAGUGGCCCCCCACCGAAGGCGGUGGGACCAGCGGCUGAGGCCAGGAUGCCGUCCAGGCGGCGCGGCGGCUCCUCACUCAUCCCAGAUGUUGGUUAUCUUUCUGAAGUAGACUCUCCAUGGCCUGAACAUUUUCCGAAAAUCACUUUGAGCAAAAUAUCUGUUUAAUAACAAGAUAACCACAUCAAGAUGGUUGGAAAGCUGAAGCAGAACUUACUAUUGGCAUGUCUGGUGAUUAGUUCUGUGACUGUGUUUUACUUGGGCCAGCAUGCCAUGGAAUGCCAUCACCGGAUAGAGGAACGUAGCCAGCCAGUCAAAUUGGAGAGCACAAGGACCACUGUGAGAACUGGCCUGGAUCUCAAAGCCAACAAAACCUUUGCCUAUCACAAAGAUAUGCCUUUAAUAUUUAUUGGAGGUGUGCCUCGGAGUGGAACCACACUCAUGAGGGCCAUGCUGGACGCACAUCCUGACAUUCGUUGUGGAGAGGAAACCAGGGUCAUUCCCCGAAUCCUGGCCCUGAAGCAGAUGUGGUCACGGUCAAGUAAAGAGAAGAUCCGCCUGGAUGAGGCUGGUGUUACUGAUGAAGUGCUGGAUUCUGCCAUGCAAGCCUUCUUACUAGAAAUUAUCGUUAAGCAUGGGGAGCCAGCCCCUUAUUUAUGUAAUAAAGAUCCUUUUGCCCUGAAAUCUUUAAGUUACCUUGCUAGGUUAUUCCCCAAUGCCAAAUUUCUCCUGAUGGUCCGAGAUGGCCGGGCAUCAGUACAUUCGAUGAUUUCUCGAAAAGUUACUAUAGCUGGAUUUGACCUGAACAGCUAUAGGGACUGUUUGACCAAGUGGAAUCGUGCUAUAGAGACCAUGUACAACCAGUGUAUGGAGGUUGGUUAUAAAAAGUGCAUGCUGGUUCACUAUGAACAACUUGUCUUACAUCCUGAACGGUGGAUGAGAACACUCUUAAAGUUCCUCCAGAUUCCAUGGAACCACUCAGUAUUGCACCAUGAAGAGAUGAUUGGGAAAGCUGGGGGAGUGUCUCUGUCAAAAGUGGAGAGAUCUACAGACCAAGUAAUCAAGCCAGUCAAUGUAGGAGCUCUAUCAAAAUGGGUUGGGAAGAUACCGCCAGAUGUUUUACAAGACAUGGCAGUGAUUGCUCCUAUGCUUGCCAAACUUGGAUAUGACCCAUAUGCCAACCCACCUAACUAUGGAAAACCUGAUCCCAAAAUUAUUGAAAACACUCGAAGGGUCUAUAAGGGAGAAUUCCAACUACCUGACUUUCUUAAAGAAAAACCACAGACUGAGCAAGUGGAGUAGCAGAACCAGGAGCCUCUUCCAUACAUGAGGAAAGAUUGCUGCCUUUUCAGCAGAAGGGAAAUUCCUAGGACUGGCUGUCCCCUGCCAAGCUUGGUGGAGCGUCUGCACCUUGGCUGCGCCACCUGUGCAUUUGCCAGUUUUCUCCCACUGAGAGGAUGGAGGUGUCCGCACAGCUUUGGGCCUCGUGAGGGAUCUGCCUCCUGAGCAAAGAGCUCUUGAUCCCGAUUUCAUGCACAGCCCUGCAGUAAGGAGCCCAGAAGGAACGUGUUUCCUGUUAAAACUCCUCUUGUCCUCUUUUCUUACCAGAUUAUGACGUUUGUUUUCAAGGAGAGGGUUUAAAAAUGGGAUCCUGUAAGCAGACUUGGGCAGUCUCCUUUUGAAAUAGGUUGUCUGUACAUGUUCUAAUGUUUUGUAGAACACGUGUGCCUGUUUUAAGUGUAUUGAUGUGAAUAAUAUUAAAUAUCUUAAUUAUUUAAUUCAUUGUAUUGUUUCUGAGAAGUUGGGAAAUUACCAUUAUACAUUUACAACUUAAUGACUUUUGUAUUUUAUUUUUCAAAAUAAAAGCUUUCAGUGUGAAGCA